UCCGAUUUCUCCUUCAAAGCGUUAGAUUCUCCCAUUUCAGUGUUCUUUAAAUCUGAAAUUCUGCAUUGUUCAAUCGAUACUCUGUUGAUCCGAGCACUCAAACACCAAAAUCCAUUUAUUUACCUCUCCUUCUUUCUUUUCAGCUUUAUAUAUAUUAUUUCAAAAAAAAAAUUUAGUUCCUUUUCAGUGGAGAAUUUCAUCAAAAGGUUCAUCGGAAAAUUUCUUCCCGUAGAAAGGAGGUUUUCAGAGCAGAAGACUGGUAUAUCUGAAAAUGACCUCCAUUGCUAGCUUCUUUCGACCAGACACAUUCUGGGCAUUGUGCAAUAGGUGCAACGUACAGUAUGAGUACACAAACAUAUUUCUCAAUCAGACUCUUCUUUGCUACGGCUGUCAUCAGCCCUUUUUGGCGACAUCUAUACCUGUACAGAGCUGCAGUUCACGCCCUCGUCCUUUCCCAAAUCAACAACAACAAGAUAUGCACGCUGCUGCACAACUAUCACAUUCAAGAACCUCUCAAGCUCCUUCAUCCCAUGCACCUAUUAACAUGGAGAGAGAAAAUGGUCCUUCAAGUGUGCCAGAAAGAGCGGACACAGCUUCAGCUUCGCAUACAGCUUCCCUUGUGCUAAACAAAGAGAGGCCAGCCAAAAGGAGAAAUACGAGGGAGUUAUCUCAGAGAAACAUGCGUGCUAUGCUGAUAGGGAAGGCUAAGACCGAGAUCCUUCACCAGCUAAAUGAAUGGGAGAAAAAGACAAAAGUGACCUCUUCACUUUCGAAUGGACAGGAUAUGGGCAAUGUCGUGCCUGCUUCGUGCAACAAUUCCAGUGACAAAAAAUGAAGGAGUUGGAGCCUUUGAAAUCCUCCACUUUCAAAGAGACUGUUGUGGAAGCAAGCCUCUCCCCACUAUAAAAAGGUGGGUUUUCACCACCUUAAAUAGAGGAAAUUCAGAGUUAUUUUAAAUGCACAAUUUAUCAGCAAAAUAUUUAUUUCCUUUUUCCGA